CGUUGUUUACAUUAGCGGCUGACGGAGCAGCGGUGAGCUGAUGAGGGGGGCCUUCUGGCUGAAAACACGUCUCAACUGACUCCUCGGCUCAGGCGCUCUGUGGGGGGAAGAAAAACUUUGUGUUCCACAGGCAAAGUGCCACUCUAAAACAAAGGCCAACCGAGCUGACUGGUUCAUUACGACCUUGGACAGAAAGAGGGAAAAACACCGCAAAGAGGAGCGCCAUAAGAACCAUCGGAGGAAACUGUUAACGUGAAGGAGGAAUAGCUUAGCAACAGAUUCCCACUUCCUGAGGUGUACAGGAUCACGCUCCUAGCACCAUGGAUAUGGACAUGCACCCACAAGGACAACAAGCAGGCGUGCCAGUAUUUCAACCUCAGAAACCCCUGCAGCCAGAUAUGGGCCAUAAUUCUUUGGCUAACUUCCAUAUUGAGAAGAAGAUUGGACGUGGUCAGUUCAGUGAGGUGUACCGAGCCAGGUACCUGUUAGACAACACGUCGGUGGCCUUAAAGAAAAUCCAGAUAUUCGACUUGAUGGAUGCCAAAGCUCGGCAAGAUUGCAUCAAAGAGAUAGAUCUCCUUAAGCAAUUGAAUCACCCCAAUGUGAUAAAGUACCACGCAUCUUUUAUUGAGGACAAUGAGCUGAACAUAGUUCUGGAGUUAGCUGAUGCUGGGGAUCUGUCUCGUAUGAUCAAGCACUUUAAGAAGCAGAGGAGGCUCAUCCCAGAGAGGACAGUUUGGAAGUACUUUGUCCAGCUCUGCAGUGCGCUUGAACACAUGCACUCCCGAAGGGUCAUGCACAGAGAUAUCAAACCAGCCAACGUGUUCAUCACAGCUACUGGUGUGGUUAAACUGGGAGACCUGGGCCUGGGAAGAUUCUUCAGCUCCAAAACAACUGCUGCUCACUCGCUGGUGGGUACCCCUUACUACAUGUCACCAGAGAGGAUACAUGAAAAUGGCUACAACUUCAAAUCUGACAUCUGGUCGCUAGGAUGCCUUCUCUACGAGAUGGCAGCCUUACAGAGUCCCUUCUACGGGGAUAAGAUGAAUCUCUACUCGCUUUGCAAGAAGAUAGAACAGUGCGACUACCCCCCUCUUCCUGCAGAUCACUACUCAGAAGAGCUGAGGAACCUGGUAGAUAUGUGCAUCAACCCCGACCCAGAGAAGAGGCCGGACAUCGCCUACGUGUACGGCAUCGCCAAACACAUGCAGGGCGUCACACAGGGCUGCUAAGCCCCGAGCUGCACGCAGACGUCCCACACCCUGCACAACUCCUCCUCACAGCCACUCCUUCCUUUUAUGUUGGACUCCAAACACAACUUUUGCCCAUUUCACAAAAUUAAAAAUGUCAUUGUUAACCUCCCGGUGAUACCUGGUACAUGAAGCAGAUUUUAGGGUAAAGGUAUGAAAUGACAGAAAGGAACCCAGACUAAAGAUUUUCGUCUAAGUUAGAAUUGAACCUUAAAGAGUCUCAGCUUGUGUUUGCUGGUAUCGUCCCUGCAGCUGUGACCAUCAUUUAGCUCAGUCAGUGAUGUUACUCAGUAGAAGUGGUGACUUUUCAGAUCCCUCUAACAGCUUCUCUUCAACAUAAAAUCGACAGUUCUCCUAUUCAUGCUGGUCAUAACAGUGCCGCCCUCCCCACACUUUAGUUGAAAUAUGCGCCACACAAAAAGUCUCACAACCUUUUUCACCUUCCGUCACAUUACCACCACAAACCUUAAAGUGUUUAAUUCAGUUUUUUAUGUGAUAAAACAUCACAAACUGGUGUUUCUUUGUGAAAGUGGAAAGAAACAUAAUUAA